AUUUGCAUAUCCUAAAGUGAAAAUUCCCUAAAAGAUUGUGUACAUAACCUUUUAAAGUUUCAAUUUGAGGAAAAUAUUUUUUAUACUUUUUGUAAUAAUAUGCGUAACGAAACAAAUAAUGAGCCCGUUCUUACAAAUUCAAAUGAAAACCCUUACUACAGCUCCGUUACUUGUUUAACUCAGGGGCUAUUAAACGUGUACGAACCAAGUUUAACUCAAGUUGAAAAAGCUUUAAAAGAAUUGACAGAUAAAGAAACGGUGUUACUUGACCAAAUCCACACUGAGAAUUUAUGUUUGUCUGAAACACAACAUAAUGACGACCUAAAUGAGAUGUUUGCUAAAAUUGAAUUGUAUCAAAGCAAGUUAACAAAUAUUAAAAGAGAAAUGAAAAUUCUUCAUGAUAAAAGUUUAAAACUAAAGAAACGUGCCUUAAAAAUUCAACAAUUUAAAGAAAAACAGGAAUAUAUUAGACAACAAAAAGAAGCUGAUAUAAAAAUGGAGCAAGAUUUGAUUGGAAAACACAAGACUACGUAAUUAUUUCUAUUUAACAAAGAUUAAAAGUUUAUACAAAUGUGCAAUUAUUAUGUAAUAAAGAUUAUUUAAAUCUA